AUGGAAGAGGUUGCUUAUGGAUUAGAGCUUAGCAAUGUUCAUUUCAUAUGGGUUGUAAGGUUUUCAAAAGAAGAACAAGUCGUAAGCCUUGAAGACGUACUUCCUCAAGGUUUUCUUAAAAGAAAUAUCGGAGAAAAGGGAAGGAUAAUUGAAUGUUGGGCUCCACAGACAACAAUUCUAAAGCAUCCAAGUAUUGGCGCAUUUUUAACUCACUGUGGUUGGAAUUCGACUCUUGAAGCCAUAGAGUUUGGUGUCCCAAUCAUAGCGCUGCCUAUCAGAGGCGUAUUCAGGAUUUCGGCUAGAUGGCCUCUGAAUGCUAGAUUGAUUGUGGAAAAUGGUGUAGCUAUUGAGAUGGCUAGAGAUGGAAAUGGGAAGAUUCAUAGAGGUAAUGUAGCUGAGAUUAUCAAAGACGUGAUUUUUGGUGGAAAAAAAAUUGGGGAGGAUUUGAGGAGGAAGGUGAAAGUUCUUCGCGAAAAUAUAAAAUUGCUAAGAAAAGAAGAGAUGGAUGAAGUUGUUAUGGUGUUAAAACAGAUUUGUGAGAAGAAUCAGUCAAAGAUGGAUGCUUGA